UCAAAAGUUUCCCUUCUGGGGUUGGAAGCAGAUUUCUCUCUCCCGGCCCUUGUGGGGCUGCAGCCAUGGUGUGCGUUUCUCUUCUCCGGUUGCUGAUGGCGCUGCUGAUGGGACCCUCCGUGGUCCCUGGAACUGGAGGAGGGAAGAAGCCCCCACCAGCCCCCCAUUUCCUGUACCAGUUCAAGGGCGAGUGCCGCUUCAUCAACGGGACGCAGCAGGUGCGCUACCUCGCCAGGUACUUCUACGGGCGGCAGGAGUUCGUGCGCUUCGACAGCGCCCGCGGGGUCUACGAGGCCGUCACGACGCUGGGGGAGCCCGACGCCCAGUACUGGAACAGCCAGGAGGAGAUUCUGCAGUACCGGCGGACCCAGGUGGAUACCUUCUGCCGCUACAACUACGGGGUGGCCGAGAUAGCGCACGUGGUGGGCAGGAAAGUUCAGCCCUCCGUCUCCAUCUCCCCCACCAAGGAAGACCCCCUGUCCCCCCACACCCUCCUGCUCUGCACUGCGGCCAGUUUCUAUCCCCUGGAGAUUGAGAUCCAGUGGCUGAAGAACGGGCAGGAGCAGAAGGAAGGGGUCUUUUACGGGGAGGAGCUCCGGAACGGGGACUGGACCUACCAGACCCAGGUGAUGCUGGAGACGAAGCCGGAGCACGGAGACGUCUACACCUGCCAAGUGGAGCACGCCAGCCUGGAGGCCCCCAUCACCAUCCAGUGGGAGCCACGGAAGUCGGACUCUGCCAGGAGCAAAGUGUGGACGGGGGCCGUGGGGGCCGUGCUGGGCGUGGUCUUUGUGGCCGUGGGACUCUCCCUCUACCGGAAGAAGAAGAAAGCAGCACCCAUCCAACCACCUGCAGCCCUCAUCCGCUAGACCUUCCUCCUCUGAGACCCAGCAAGGAAAGAAACUCUUUGCAUAGCUACGUCUUUCCUUGGAAGAUGCAAAACUGAAGGGGGUGAAAAAGAAGAGACUCCCCAGCCUGGACUUUCUCCUCCUGCUACGACGCCCCUGUUCCUGUUUCUCUUGAUUUCUUUCUGGUUUUUUCUCUUGGGGUGGGUGGGGCAUUCAUCCUGCCAAGUGCUGAGAAGAGCCUUCUCCUUCCCUGGAUUUCUGAUCAGGAGCAGAGAACUGGUCAGUCUCUUCCUCCCCUGGCAGGACUAUCACUCCGGGCUCCACUCUCUGAGUUAGUUCAUCCCUAACGGCAUCCUGAAUCCUUGAGACCCGCAAGCGGAUUCCGUUCU